AUGGCUUGGGUCUUCAACACACCAGAAGGGACGCCGACUGAUGGUCCGACCCUAACUGGAGCCGGACUGGCUAUGACUUCGCUUGCCAUCGGGACGAUUUUCGUGCGCCUAUACGUCAGACUCCUCAUAGUCAAAGCAACAGGAUGGGAAACAAGAUGGGGCCUUGGACUCGACUCACUCGAUGAUUUCCCCCCGGAAAACAUGUAUAACUUCGGGCUGCUGCAAUACAUAGGCGCACCGUUCUACGUCCUUGGGAUCUGGUGCUUCAAGUUAAGCUUGUUGCUCUCUUAUCUCCGAUUCAUGCCUAAGGGGGUAUAUCGAAUAUCCUGUAUCGUUCUCUGCGUGCUUGUCAUGGCAGCGCAUAUCGCCUUCAUGUGCAUAUUCAUCUUCGGAUGCAUUCCUGUAAUAUCAUGGAAAUCCUUUGUAUCUCCUUAUUCUGUGUGGACCAUUGCUAUGCAAUGGGACUCGACCGUUACCGGAAAAUGCGUUGACUUGGUCACCUUCUAUUUGACCUUCUCAUCCUUGACAAUCGUCAUGGACGUCAUGGUUCUACUCUUCCCGUUCCCCGUCCUUAUAAAAUCAAGGAUUCAAACACGCAAGAAGGUUGUGUUGCUAGGCCUUUUUGCACUUGGGAUUUUUGUCACAGUCAUACAGAGCAUUCGAAUCCAAACCAUCAAGAACCUCAAAAACCCGCUCGACUCUGCCCCAUCCAUUAUUUGGUCUCUUGUGGAAAAUGACAUUGGAAUCAUCAUUUGCAACAUUCCCACCAUGUCACCACUCAUCAAGUAUUUCUCCGAAAAGACAAGGAGUGGAACCGGAUCCAAGUCAAGACAGACCGGCUCUGAAUACGUUAUGAAGUCGUGGAGGAGUGGCAAGGGAGGCAUGCAACCUCUGGGAAGCGGAGUUGAUCCAGAGUCUGAACCUUCAGGAUCAGGCGUCACUAUCCCCCAACAUAGGGGUGACCAAAGCUCCCACGUGGAUGCGAGCAAGGACGAUGGGGGAAGUGGGGAAUACAUUCUAGAGUCCUCAGGAAUUAUCAAGACGACUGAUGUGGUCGUCACCAGCCGGCGGGCCGCUUGGAACGGCGACAGGGAGUCGAUUUCUGAUUCUGGGCAUACCACUCCGGGAAAUACUGAAACCUCUGGUUUAAGGAAAACGGAUGCGCAAUCCUGGUAG